AUGAAAACCUUGGGAUACAUAAAGGAAGCAAAGGAAGCAGUUGCAUUCAACUCUUACAUAAGAAAGAAACUCCUGAACUUUUAUCUUGGGCUCAAAAAUGAAGAAUAUGUUUUUGUAAAUUUUGAUGAAAAAUUGAGCCAAAAUCAGAAAGCUUCAGGAAAAAACAUUCCUCCAAAUUCGAUGCUCUUUAAUUCUUCCAAAGCUUGCAAUUUCCUUGAUGACUUCCUUGAAAAAUCAACUGAAGCGAAGAAAAUGGUGGUUAAUGAUCAGAUGAUGGAGCAUCAUCACAUUUUCGCAAUUGGACGAGAAACAUUGAGAAUACAAAAAAUGCUUCAUCAGCAUAAGCUUGCUAAGCAAGUCGCCAGUCUGAACGCGUCAACCCCAAACUCGGUGUCUUCGCCUUCAUCAACGAAUUCGAGCAAUUCGAAUAGCUCCAACUCCCCACCGCAGAAUAAUUCCGACGAAAUUUCGACUCCAACAUCAUCAACGACUUCUGAUAGAACUGAUGCUGGAUCAAAUAACUCUGAGGAGAGUUUCGGGUCUGACGAAACGAGAAAAGAUGACAAAAGUCCUGAUCCUCCACCCGACAUCAUCAACAUCGAUUCUCCGUCAACAUCAAAAAAGCCCGCGCUGGAUAAGCUAGCCCAAUUCUCAUUAGAACUGGCGAAAAAAACGCUUAUCUUUUUCGAUAAGAAAGGACAAUUUCAUAUUCUUCCGAGCAGAAGCAUGGCUCCACGAUCAUCACAAGAAGAAACACCGCGGAAUACUCUGAUGCCGACAACGAGAAACGACUCUUCAGAAGCAAAAACAUGUUGA